AUGGGCGUCUAUCCCGUGUAUGUCAAUGGCCUCGACUGGGAAGCUGUCGUUCACGGCACGGUUAUCUUCAAUCGACGUUCAUCGUCAUCGGACUCCUCGGGAAUAUUUAGCUCGUCAUCGUACUCGGGAGUCUUCAUCAUGACGAAGGGAACAUCACCAGUACCUUUCGACAUCCUGAGGCAAGUAUUCGACGAGAUCAGCUUGCUCGCUGAUCUAGCGGCGGCGGCGCUCGUAUGUCGUCGUUGGACAGAACCGGCCCAGAUGGCUCUUUAUCAGCGUCCCCUUUCGUUCGUAUUAGCAAAGCCGCUAUCCGAAAUCCCUACGACCACAUCGCUUUUCGCGCACACCAUGGAGACAUGCCCACACCUCCGGCCCCUCCUGCGCGACAUCUCCCUGAUUCUGUCAAGCUACUACACCAAAGAGCGUACCGGCUGGCUGCAGCUAAUCCCGGAGAACACCAUAUGCAAGUUUAAGUACACUGCAUCCGUUCCCGACAGUUCGUUAAUUCACAACCUCGCAAUAUUCGACACACCUAGCCUGCUCACCGUAACGGAAUUCACUAUCGGAUCUCUUUUCUCGAUGGACGAAAUCUCUAUCGUCCUGUCCCUUCCGUGCCUCACACGUCUCACCCUGGAGUACAACACCUCCUUCGACGGCCACGUCGACCCCGCCCUUGCAAGUGCGUCCAGCGUCAAACAUCUAAUACUCACAUCCCAAAUCAAUUGCUGGUGCCCUGGAGCAUUCCGCGUCUUCAUCGCGCUCGCGCCGCGCCUCGAGUCCUUCAGCACGAAUGGGCCGUUCCACGACCAGCGCUACGCGUCUUGGCGAGAUUGGAUGGAGGCCGAGAUCGCGAGCCACGGCCGGACGCUCCGCACGCUCAUCAUCGACGCGCGAAAGAUGGAGACGCGACCGAGCACACCAUUCCUCGACGACCUCGCGGAGGACAACGCGUCGCUCGUGCGCUUGCGGAUCUUCCCUGGAGCAUAUACAGCCCUGCUGUUCGGGCGCCUGCCUCCCACUCUGGAGGUGUUGGAGGUCGACCUGGCGUCCCGCGGCGCUGACGACUUGCAGCCUGGCGAGCCCGCAUAUGAGGCGCUGCUGGAAUGUAUCGGUCGUGUGAGGGAGGCGCGGGCUCGUGCGGCGCUGAGGGAGGUUGUUUUUAGGAUGUUUCCUGGUGGCGCAUAUCCGACUUUUGCGGAGGUGGCGAAGGCGUGCGCUGCGAGUGGGGUCAAGUUCAGGUGCGAGCGGCCAAGUUUGCAAGCAUGAUUCCGCGUCUUCUGAUCUGCACUACGAGUUUCCACGAUCUUGCGUUGAUG